GAAUAGGGACCGAAGGCACAACGAGUCAACGACGAUGGACGACUCCGAGGCGUUCGGAAAUUCUAACCCCGGCGAUGGAGCAAAAGCAAAGCCGAAGGUGAUUGUGAUAAUGGGUCCCACUGGCUCUGGGAAGUCCAAGCUCGCCAUUGAUCUGGCUUCUCACUUUCCGGUCGAAGCUAUAAACGCUGAUUCCAUGCAGGUUUACCGAGGCCUGGAUGUUCUCACGAACAAAGUUCCACUCUCGGACCAGAAGGGGGUGCCUCACCAUCUUCUGGGUACUAUAAGUCCAAACGUGGAAUUCACAGCUAAAGACUUUCGAGAUUCCGCUAUCCCUCUCAUCAAUGACAUAUCUGCUCGCAACUGCUUGCCUGUCAUAGUUGGGGGUACGAAUUAUUUCAUCCAGGCUCUCGUGAGUCCAUUCCUUCUAGAUGAGUCAGUUGAAGAUAUGGAUGAACCCUGCCUGGACAACCUUUCUGGUAAUACACAGUUGGAUAAGAGUUUCAUCCCUGAAAAGGAAAAUUCAAACAAUAAUUAUGAUUUGCUUAAAGAUAUUGAUCCAGUUGCAGCAAAUAGAAUGCAUCCAAAUAACCAUAGAAAGAUUAGUCAAUACCUUAGUUUGUAUGCUCGCACUGGAGUUCUCCCAAGCAAAAUUUUCCAAGGAAAAGCAGCGGAGAAGUGGGGUCAAGUUGGUAACUCGAGAUAUGAUUGCUGUUUUAUAUGUGUGGAUGCAACCCUUCCUGUACUGGACAGAUACGUAGAACAGAGGGUAGAUUGCAUGAUAGAUGCUGGAUUACUUAAUGAAGUCUAUGACAUUUACAAUCCAAAUGCUGAUUAUAGUCGAGGUUUGCGGCAGGCCAUUGGUGUCCGUGAAUUUGAACCUCUUCUGAAAACCCUUGUAAUUGAUGAAAUCUACAAAAGUAAGAAAGAAUUGACUGAGGAUUUCAGGAGAGAAAAGGGCGAUAAAUUGUGUAAUGAUGAUCUGAGGGAGCUCUUGAAGUUGUCUUCUGACUCGAAAUCCAUCACACUUAUGGAAGAAGCAAUUGAAAAAGUAAAGGUUAACACACGGAGACUAGUCCGCCGUCAGAAGAGGAUGCUUAAUCGACUGCAAAAAUUGUUUGAUUGGACUAUACACUACGUGGAUUCGACAGAAUCAUUAUCAAGUAAAUCAGAUGAUGUAUGGACUGUCCAAGUGGUAGAACAGACGGUGAAGAUCGUUAGAUCUUUCCUUGGUGAUAAUGAGAGCUUGUCAUCCACGUCUGGGACAUUAAAUAGCAGUGGGAUGAAGUUAUUUCAAAGGGACCUCUGGACUCAAUACGUGUGCAAGGCCUGUGGAGAUAGGGUGCUUAGAGGAAUACAUGAAUGGGAACAACACAAAAAGGGUCGUGGACACCGGAAACGUAUUUCUAGUCUCAAGAACAAAUCACAAGGUCCCUGUUUGGUGGAACAACAGCCGAAACAUUAGUUUGCAACUUGUGUGUGUGUGUGUUAUUUACUGCUGAUUCCUUUCCAUCACAUUUACGUGAAUGCUGUGGCCAGCGCUCGAUUACAUAACUUUCUAAAAUGUUUGCUUAGUUCUUGGCUCUUACUCCUUAAUAUAAGGUGUUUUAAAUCUUGACAAAA